AUGCUUGGAUGGAUGCCAAAGGGUGUCAAAGGUGUCAAAGGUCCUCUCCUGUCGCACAGAGAUGGAGUGGGCGCUUAUUCCUUCACGGCAUGCCAUGUCCGCCGAGCAUCCCGGGCUCAGAUCAUGGUGGAUGCAGAUCGGGUUGCAGAGGGAGGAGAAAAGUGCGAUGAGAUGGCAGGAUGGGUUAGAAACAAGGGGGUUGUGAGCGGCUACAAGGGGCAAGAUCUCGUCAACGAUCCCUCCCCUGGACACAUCACCACACACCCACUCACCCUAGCUCGACCGGCCCUCUUCUUCUUCCCCAGACACCAGAACAACUCCCGAGGCGCCAAGUUCAACGAGGUGGGGGUAAAGCAGGGGCUAGGAUCUAGGGGUAUUCUGUUCAGCCUCUCCGGUCCCACACGACAAGGUGAUCUAUCUGACGAAUUGACAAGUCAGGAAGCGCAUGCUGGCGUCUCCCGUGACCAAAGAAGUCUACUAAAUGGUAGUAGAUGGGGUUUCUCAGGCAAAGCAAUCCUUUGCGCCCGCAGCCACAGCCGCACCUCGCAGCUCGAGCCGCCAUGA